GGCCCCGGCCCCGGCCCCGGCCCCGGCCCCGGCCUCGGCCCCGGCCCCGGCCCCGGCCCCGGCCCCGGCCCCGGGUCCCGCGCGCGCCCGUGUCUCCGCGCGCGGGGCUCGCCACCCUCCACCCAGAAAGAUCGGGUGGGGGGCCGGGCCCCCGGGGGAAAAUUUCCCCCACCCCGUCCCCCCCGGGUCGAAGAGAAAACUUGGGAACAGCCCCGCCCAGCCUCGGAGCCCGCUUCCAGGCUGCAUCAGCAGGGGGGCCAGGGUAGGGGACCAAGUGUGUCCUUGACAGAAACCAUCGUGGCUCCUUAUAUCAGGACUUGUCGACAAAAAUCCGCCAAGUGGGAAAGCAGCGGCUGCGCCCAAAGAGAAGCGAACCAAGACAUUUCUCGAGAAUCACCUCCGUCUCCAAAACUGGACAGAUUCAAACUAGCAAGACACUUAACAGAAAAAGCGAUCAAGGAUAAGAAGAUAUUUUCCAUCUAUGGACAUUACCCGGUAAUCCGUAAUACUCUACGAAGAAAAGGAUGGGUGGAGAAGAAAUUCAGCUUUUUAUCAAAGGUGGUGCCAAAUGGUGAAGAUGAAUGUGAAGGUGACCCUGAAAGUAAAUAUGUUGAAAUUGAAGAAGAAAAUGAGAUGAUCUUCCAGAAAUCCAAUAACAUCCAUGAUGUGAUGUCUAGGUUGGUAAAAACGGAAAUCCCUUACUUUCUUUGGACUAUAAAGAGGGAUGUGGUGGAUUACCACAAUUUAAGCGGCGAUCAGAUGCUGAACCAUUAUGGAAAAACAGCCUCUUUUACCACCAAGAUUGGAUUGUGCAUGAACAUGAGGAACCUGCCCUGGUACGUCCCAGCGAACCCGCACACGUUCUUCCCUCGCUGUUACGGCCUUUGCUCGGACGGUGAGAAACAGGAGUUCCUGGAGGACUUCCGACGGACAGCUGCAUCUAGUAUCCUCAAGUGGGUUGUCAAUCACCACAGUUAUAACAAAAAUAAAUACAAGAUCAAAAAGGAAGAAAGUGAAGAAGAGAUGAACCGAAACAAAGAUCAAGGCACUCCUGAAGGCAGGAAAGCUGCGGUCGACCUGCCGGGGGAACUCAUCGAAGCGGCUUGCAAGGUGUGCGAGAACUACCUCGGGCAGCUGGAGCACGACGACAUCGACCUCUCGGCCGAGUCCCUGAAGACCCUCUCCGAGGCCGAGUGGACGGAGCUCAUCCAGCAGUACUACAACCUCGUCCAUGGUGAUGCCUAUAUUCCUGCUUCAAAGACUUACUUUGCCCAGUGUCAGACUAUUCUGAAUAAAAUCAUGUCCGUGAACCCCCAGUCUGAAAUUGAUGGCAUGAGGAACAUUUGGAUCUUAAAGCCAGGAGCCAAAUCCAGGGGCAGAGACAUCAUAUGUAUGGACAGAGUGGAAGAAAUUAUGAAACUUGUAACGUCGGAUAACAUUCCUGCCAAGGAUAACAAGUGGGUGGUCCAAAAGUACAUUGAGACGCCCCUGCUGAUUUACGAUACCAAGUUUGAUAUCAGACAGUGGUUUCUUGUCACGGAUUGGAAUCCCCUGACGAUUUGGUUCUACAAAGAAAGUUACUUGAGGUUCUCAACUCAGCGGUUCUCCUUAGACAGUUUGGACAGCGCCAUCCAUCUUUGCAAUAACUCCAUCCAGAAGCACUUCAAGAACGCCAAGGACCGGAGCCCGCUGCUGCCCUGCUACAACAUGUGGACCAGCACCAAGUUCCAGGAGUACCUGCAGAAGCGGGGCCGCGGCAACGUCUGGCACAACAUCAUCUACCCGUCCAUGAAGAAGGCCAUCACCCACACCAUGAAGGUGGCGCAGGACCACGUGGAGGCCCGCAAAAACAGCUUCGAGCUCUACGGCGCCGACUUCAUCCUGGGCAAGGACUUCAAGCCUUGGCUCAUCGAGAUCAACUCCAGCCCCACCAUGUUCCCGUCCACUCCGGUCACAGCCCAGCUUUGUGCCCAGGUGCAGGAGGACACCAUCAAGGUGGUCGUGGACAGGAAAACGGACCGCAACUGCGACAUCGGCAACUUUGAGCUCCUGUGGAGACAACCUGCGGUGGAGCUGCCCCCCUUCAAUGGCUCCAACCUCUUCGUGGAAGGCUUCAGCAUUCAGAAAGGAAAGAAACAUGGAACUCCGGUCACCACCAUCACCCUUGGGAACCCCCUGCCCCCCGGGCACAUCCUGAGAAACAAGAGCUCCCAGCAGGACCAGGCGGCCGAGCAGACGGCGCCCUCCAAGCAGGAGCCCAAGCCCCGGGACGACAAGGGCCUUUCCUGCAUCCUGCCGAUGCCCCUGAAGAGAGGCUCGGGCCGAACGUACAAGCUCAACUCGGUCUACAACAAGACGCUCGGCACCAUGGAAUUUCCCUCGUUUGCGAUUCGGCACCUGGAAAACAUCUCCCACAAGUCUGGGUUUCCCAAAGCUAAGAACACGAAGCUCGCAGACCCCGCCGUAUUGAGCACUGCCUCCAUUGCUUCUGUGUUGCAGACCAUCCGGUCCUUGGAGAACCCUGUGUUCCAGCCGCUCAAAGGCUCAGGGUUACUUCCCUUUGGCUCUAAGGAGAAGCCCAGCAGCCGGGGGAAAGGAAGCUACACCAGGAAGCCAAGCUGUUUUGCACUGAAGGAAAGGGCCAGACCACUGGGAAAGGGUCUGGGGUUGGGAAGCCGCAGCCUUUCCUCUGGUGGAAGCAGCCUCAGAAUGCAUCUCCAUAAUCGGAUUUCACAGCCCAAGGGGAGGGAAGUCCUGGCGCUUGGAGAGCCAGUCACCAGGAGCCCAGGGGGGGCUUCGAGAGACAAUAAAAGUCAUCAAGUUCCCCAAGGAGGAUUUGAUGGAGCCCCCUGCAAACAAAAGAUUGUAAGCUCUUUGAGGGCAGGAGAUCCAUUUUUCAUGUUUAAUCUUCCAGGACAAAGCCCUGCACAUGGUUUACCGAGCACUGUCCAAGCCCCCUGCCUUGUUUGCAAAGGAACAUUCCAAAUGGAAAAGACGUGCAAGCACUGUAGCUCCUUUUGUGCCACAAUCUUACAAGGAAGCUCCUAUGUCCCUUUAAAUGGUCAGAAUGGCUCAUCUAAGAGAAUGGUGGGCAGCCUGUGGAACCUUUGAAACACCCACUUUCCCUAGAAGAUUUAUAGCAACCUAAAUGGAUUCCAAGACAGUCUGAUUUAUUGUGUGUUUUUUUUAAACAAACAAGCAAAAAAAAAAAGCAUUCCUAUAAAUGA